AUGGUGGUUCAACGUGCUGCAGGUCUUGCCAACUUUGCAGAGACUGCAAAUCUAGCAGCAGCAGCAGUAGCAGCAGCAGCAGCGGCAGUAACAGCCGAAAGGCCGACCGCAGCAACUGGCAAUCCGAUCAAGGCCUUCCCGGUUUCGUCUCCUUCCCGCCGCAUGAUACCCCGCCUUUACUCUUACCCCAACGGGACAGCGGUCAGCAGCGCGAUUGUUCCCACAUUCGAAGUGAACUCUUUCGAGUGGGUUAGCGACAUCCGAACCUUAAAUAACAAUAUCACUGAAGCCCUCAAAAACCCUUCAAGCAAUUAUCUCACCAUUUCGGAAGGCAAUUCGCCUCUAACGCAGGUGAUUGCUGGUACGUCAGCGCUUCUCAAAGAAUCUCCAUGGAAACCGCAGCCAACGAACAAGCUGCCAGAUCCGAGCAUUUUCAAGGGCACAAAAUACGCAGCGAUCUACGUAUCCAGAAACUGGAACGAAGGGAAGAGAGAGAACUACACAUGCCCACAUGAUUCAGGCAACUUCGGCAUCCUACCUGAGCGCAUUGAUCUCCUCAAUGUACCAUGGAAUAAUAACUUCUCCGACUGUAUUGCUGUUGCAAAGCUCGAAAUCACUGCAGGCGUUACGCAUUGCUUCCAGUCUGACCUAAGCCGGUCACCACGGUCCACUUGCCUAUGGACGUCCAACGUUCUCAGCACUGACAACGAUACUGUAUCACCCGAUCCCCUUGUCAACGAAGUUUUCGCCAUGAUGCCUGAGAUACAAUCCCUCGUGGUAGCUAUCAGCUCCUAUGAGUCCGGAAUACUCCAGGGGAAUUUGGAAGGAUUUCUUCGAAACUCACUUAUUCAAGCUUACCAGGGCGGGUGGAGUGCGAUGGCUGAAUACCUGAGCCCGGUGAAAGCUCAGCGUGUCGAGACUUCAGCUUGGAAACCGGUGGUACUUCUGGAAGCUCAUGUAUCUUCGCAACGAAUGUACAUCUGGAUGGGGACGGGCAUGCUGCUGAUUGUGUCUGGCCUCGUACUGAUGAUGAUUCAGGCAACCUGCGAGGCCAAAACAGUCAAUGACUCUCUGGUAGCUUCUGUUAUGCUGGAUAGCGGAGAAGUCGCCAGGAGUGAUACGACCGGCUUGUGCAAUGCUGUAGCUUUGGGAAAGGAUCACGGAAACGCAAAGUUGAGACUCAGAUUGAAAGUCAGAAAUGCCAGCCAAAGCUUGCCCGACUCAAUGUAA